AUGAAAGCUGGAAAUAACAAAAAAAAAGACGCUAGUCCUUCUGCUACUUCUAGUCAAAAGAAAGGUUUGACCAACACCACAGGUAGCAACAGUUCUCAAAACACUUUAUUUGAUGAAUCAUCCGAAGUUGCAAAGCAGUUCCAUGAUCGUUUUGAUUAUUUGCUUACCAAAUCUAUUGGUAGUAAGGCUAUCUUAACUACCACUUCUGGUUGCAGAUACAACGGUAUUCUUGUUGCAUGCAAUUUAAAAUCCACUGAUGGACUAGACAUUGUUUUAAAGAACCCAAUUUUAGUUUCUUCUUUAGACUCAGAUGCCAAGACCAAGAAGGAUCUAGGUGAAACGUUAUUGGUCAAGAGUGAUGAUGUUGCCGAAUUGGAGUUAAAAGAUAUUAAUUUAUCAACUGAUGAUAAGACUGGGACAAACACCCCCGUUUCUGCCCAAAAGACACAAGGUAACACUGCUGGACCUUUGAAAACAACCAAUGCCGCUGCUUCUAAAAACGAGAAAGUGACCAAAGGAACAAAUCAGUUUAGAACAGAUGUUGAUAUAUCUAAUGUUAAGGGUACCAAAGAAAGAGAAUUACAAAGAUGGACUCCUGAUGAAGGUGACUUCAUGGCCUCUGAGAAAUCUCAAACCUUGGAAGAAGCUUCUACAAGUUGGGAUCAAUUUUCAGUUAAUGAAAAGAAGUUCGGAAUUAAAUCUACAUACGAUGAACAUUUCUAUACUACUAGAAUCAACAAGAAUGAUCCAAAUUAUCAACAAAGAUUAAAGGAAGCUCAAAGACUUGCUGACGAAAUUGAAAGACAAGGUACUUCUGGUAAUAUCCAUAUCGCCGAAGAUAGAGGUAUUAUCGUCGACGACUCCGGCAUGGAUGAAGAAGAUUUGUACUCUGGGGUUGACAGAAGAGGUGACGAAUUAUUAGCCUCUUUGAAGUCUAACGCAAAACCUUCUAUAGCCGUCAAAAGCAACAAGUAUGUUCCACCUACUUUGAGAAAUCAACCACAUCAUAUGGAUCCUGCUAUUAUUUCAUCUAGCGCUAUGAAGGCUACCGUUUCAACUAAAGGAUCAGAGAAUGUAUCUGUCCCUGUAGUUACUGCUGAACUGGCAAAGAAAAGCACCGACGCAAAGGACGCGAAGGAUGCUACAAAGCCAACCAAAGAAAAUGCAAGACCAAGAGCUCAUUUGAAAAAUGUUGAUGAAGAAGUCAAGAAACAAUUGAAAGAAAUCAAGAGACAAAGUGGUAGAAGUGACCAUAGCUCUAAGACUAGAGUUCAACCUGCCAGUAAGACUUCUAAAGAAGCCCAAAUUGAAGAAUUAAAGAAUUUUGCUCAAAAGUUCAAAGUUCCUUACGAUGUUCCUAAGGAUAUGAAUGAUGUUUUGAGAAAACCAUCUGUUUCAUUGAAGGCAGAUCCAUCUUUACCACCUAAGCCAAAAUCCAGUUCUACUACACCAGGUGCUGCAACUAAGAAUUCAAUAAAGACAUCCCAUACUGCUAAUGGAACUACACCUCAAAAUAAGACUGAUUCCAAGAAGUUUGGUACCUCUUCAGGUCAAACAGGAGCUCAUGGAUCCUCUAACAACGGUUCCGCUAGAACAUCAACUCAUACUAAAAAACGUCCAACUGGAUCUUUCUUUGGUUCAAAGAAACCUCAAAACAAUGGUUCUAAGAAAGAUAUCUUUGGUAAGAAUUUUAACUUCUUCUUAAAAUCUAAGGAAGCUCAUGAUGAAGAGAAAUCUAUGGAACCUUUCUUAAUUGAAAAACCAUAUUUUGCAGCCCCAACAUGGGCUAACACCAUUGAGGAAUCUCAUAAGAGUUUUUUCCCUGAUGAACAAACGAUUAUGCAAGAAUCCCAAACCAAGUUACAAAUGCGUCACAUGAACGCUAUGAAUGGUAUGGGUAAUGUUUCACCAAACAUGGCUGGAAAUGGUAUGAAUAUGAUGGGGUUCCCUAUGAUGAAUGGUCCAAACGGUACUGGUUCUCCUAACCCAAUGAUGAAUGGAUAUAAUGCAUCCGCUAUGGGUAUGUAUAUGCCAUUUCAACCACAACCAAUGUUUUAUCCAUCAAUGGGUCCUAUGGUUCCUGUAAUGAGUGGUAAGGACAACAAUGGCAACGAUAAUGGUUCUAGCCCAUCACCACAGGAUAUGCCUGCACAUAUGACACCAGGUGGAUAUAUGAAUGUUGGUACACCAUAUGGCUAUCCAGUUGGCGGCAUGACUCCAUUUCCUGGAAUGAUGGGGAACAACAGAAUGAUGAGCGGUGGAGGUGGAGAUCACCGUCACAAGGGUCAUUAUAACCACAAGAAUAACUAUCACAAGGCUUGA